GAAUCAACUUAUUGUUGAAUCAAUUUCUGAGCUUCAGAAAAAGGGCAAUGAGAUUGAAUGAAAGUGAUCUUUUAAGAGAGUACACUGGACAACGAUAUGAAAUUGAGACGCCCAUGACGUCUUGGGUGGGUAAAAUACCAGAGGAUCCUCAUCCAGUGGCACCUUCCAUAUCCAGCAGAGUGAUGGUAGAGCUUGGAAUGGUGAUCGCUGUAAUUAUUGCCGUAGCAGCUCUUGUUGUAGGGUUUCUAGCAGUUGCUGCAUUUGUUGUCACCAGUUUUAAAUUUAAAUGUAUUAAAUUACAUAUUAAAUUACAUAUUGAAUUAAUGUUUAUGUAUUAAAUUUAAAUUCAUUAAUUUUUAUAUUUAAAGUUAAAAUUUUAAUAGAAAA